GAGAUCGUCUAUUCUUCAUCCACUAACAUGGCGAUGUAAAUUUGUUUGUUGUGAAAAAUUAUUAGGCUGAUAUGUCUCUCCUAAGGGAGAUAAUUCAGCUUAGAAGCACUACUGAGUGCAAAUUCAAAGUCCCACAAACAUACUGUGACCAAUUCUCAUUUCCUUUAUGUGUUUUUCGUCUGAAAUUUUUUUGAAAGCUGAGUAAAUGUGCAAGGUUGACGACGAAGCUUCAGUUUAUACUAUAUCUAAGCCGCAAGAUUCCAUUCCUAUAGGAAAACUUUCCCCUCAAAUUUUCUCGAUGGAUAUGGGGGGAAAUCAGCUCAUCUGUACUACGUAACUUGAAUCAUUUGUAUAUACCAUAUUAUUCCAUGGAAACUAGCCAGGGGAAUGCUGAGGGUGACACUGUCCGAGAUGAUCACAAUAGAUUUUGGACAGCUGUUUAUGACUACGAAGCUGCUGGAGAUGACGAGCUGUCGCUCCGUCGAGGUGAAGAAGUUGAGGUUUUAUCCAAAGAUUCCAAGAUAUCCGGUGAUGAAGGUUGGUGGACGGGUAAAAUUGGUGACAAAGUUGGUAUUUUUCCUAGCAAUUUUGUCACCCAAAAAGACGUGAAUCACUUAGAAGAGGUAGGGAACAGCAGUAGACCUUUUGAAAUUCCAUUUAGUGAGCUGGAGUUGGAAGAAGUGAUCGGAGUUGGUGGAUUUGGCAAGGUGUACAGAGGAUUUUGGCGUGGGAAUGAAGUUGCAGUCAAGGCAGCUAGGCAAGAUCCGGAUGAAGAUAUCAGUGUCACCACCGAAAAUGUUCGACAAGAAGCCAAAUUAUUCUGGUUGCUCAAUCAUCCUAAUAUUGUUACUCUUAAAGGUGUCUGCCUUGAAGAGCCAAAUCUAUGUUUAGUGAUGGAAUACGCCCGUGGUGGCCCUUUGAAUAGAGUGUUGAGCGGAAAGAAAAUUCCUCCUGAUGUUCUUGUUGAUUGGGCAAUACAGAUUGCUAGAGGCAUGAACUAUCUGCAUUAUGAAGCUCCAGUAUCGUUAAUCCACCGUGAUUUAAAAUCUAGUAAUGUGUUGCUGAGUGAAGCUUUAGAGAAUAAUAAUUUAAGAAAUAAGACAUUGAAGAUCACUGAUUUUGGAUUGGCUAGAGAAGUUUAUAAAACUACAAGAAUGUCAGCUGCUGGAACUUAUGCGUGGAUGGCUCCAGAAGUAAUCAAAUCAUCUACUUUUUCUAAAGGCAGUGAUGUUUGGAGUUAUGGUGUUUUACUUUGGGAAUUGCUAACUGGAGAAACUCCAUACAAAGGUAUUGAUGCACUAGCUGUAGCUUAUGGUGUUGCAGUCAAUAAACUCACGUUACCAAUACCAUCAACGUGCCCAUCACCUUUUUCUAAUUUAAUGGAAGCUUGUUGGAGUUCUGACCCCCAUGAAAGACCGUCUUUUAUACACAUACUUCAUGUAUUAAUUGAAAUAGCCCAGUCUCCUUUUAUGAACACCCCUCAAGAGUCUUUUCACACUCUUCAAGAAGAUUGGAAGCAUGAAAUUGCAGAAAUGUUUCACGAGUUGCGUUGCAAAGAGAAGGAAUUAAGGUGCCGUGAAGAAGAGCUCACAAAAGCAUUGUUACAACAAAAAAUACAAGAGGAAUUUUUAAGAAAGCGUGAACAGGAACUUGCUGAGCGUGAAAUUGAUCUUCUUGAGAGAGAAUUAAACAUUAUGAUUCUGCAGCAGCAACAAGGGCGGCCAACUCCAAAGAAACGAAAAGGGAAGUUUAAGAAAAGUCGUUUGAAAUUGCUUAAAUCUGGUGGCCAAAUCAGCAUGCCUAGUGAUUUUCGACACAAUAUAACUGUUCAGCCCUCUCCUACUAUGCGCCCUGAAAUUGCAGGAUUGCGCAUGCCUACUAGUCCAGAAAGUCCUCCAGCAUCUCCAAAUCUACCUCGACUAAGAGCUUAUGCAUUACCAGUUGAUGGAGUAAAAGGUAAAACAUGGGGUCCAAGUACUGUUCAUCAGAAAGAACGUGGUCAUUCUCGACGAUUGUUAAUCGACGGUAAUAAAAAGUGGUCAAAAAGCGCCCCGAAUUUGGAGAAAUCUCAGAGAGGUGCUUAUUCUAGUGUAUUGUCUAAUUUUGGAGCCUUGCCUGAAUGUGGUUCUGAGGAGUGGCAGUUAGAAAGUUUACCACUACCUAGGCACACCCUCUACAAUGGUGCAUCUGGUGAUGGCAACAGUCUCAAAAGAACCAGUCAUGUUGUAAAUUUUUCUCUUUAUAACAUAGCUGCAAUAGCUGCUAGUAUUGCUGCUGGAUUUGAUAUUAGGCUUGCUACUCAAACUACCAUUCACCCAAAAUUAACACCAGUCUGGUCCGAAGAAGAUGGUGAAGAAGAUAAACGUUGGUGGUAUCCAGAACAAGGUUCCCCAGUUCGUCUUAGUUCAGAAUAUGAGUUUUCUUCAACUUCUGGCUAUGCUCAUAAUACCUAUCAUGGCCAAACUAGACAUUACCGCCCUGGUUUAAAUUUUGACUUUGGCAUUCCUUUAAGGUUUACUGAUUCACCUCAACACAAUCCUAGCAUAAGUUCAGGAGGAUCUUAUACACCUCAUGCUCAAAGUCCUUGUCGCAAAUCAUCUUCUGCUAGCAAUGAAAGUGAACAUGCAGCAACUAGUUCCAGCUCUGGGUUGGGUCCUUCUCCUUUAGGCAUUUCUUCUGUGUUCGAUAGAAUGUCUUACAUGGACUUCAACCGACAAGAUAGUCAUCAUACACCCCCACCGCACUUCUCAGAUCACUCUCGACAUCCAGAGGUUUCCUACCACUAUUAUCAGGAAUAUCGUGGUGCAGGCGCAGAAUCAGUAUGCUACAUUGAAAAAGUUUAUACUGAUGAAACGCGACCCGAUGUCUAUCUAGUGGAACGAGUUUAUCCAGAAAACUACAAUAGGGAAAGUUUUCACUUGCACGACAACCCCAACUCUCCUACUCCUUCAACAACCUGUCUAGUUCAGCCUCGCACGCCACAACGAAUAAUCUACACCCAUCGAAGAACUUCUUCUAAUCUGUCUGAUACUUCUAAUUCUUCCUCUAGUGUUAAUCCUGCUUAUCGAUCUGAAGAAAAUGAACACGAAUCUUUGAAUGUUUCGCACUCAUUGCCCCCUAUCAGUGCAGAGGCUUAUCACCCACCUUACGUUACUGUUAUCACUUCUCUGCCUAAUACACCAAGAAGACGAAACAGUCAGGAAAGUUCCAAUUGUGAAGCCAGUGGCAGCUAUCGUUCAUUAGCUUAUGCGAAAAUGAAGGCGCGCAUCGAAGGGGCCUCUUCCUCCCCUUCGAAGGGUUUAUCCAUCGCAUCUCCUAAUGUGGAUGGAACGCCUACAAACGGGACGCCCAUCAACAGCUCUAGGAGCUCAUCAAAUGAGGAAAAUGGAAGUUCUUCUAGAGUUCGUUUUAGCAUAGACGAAGGCGACACUCCAGUGAUUAAAACUGUAAAUAAAGCUUCAGGAACUGAUGAUCUCUCUAAUCACUUAGACAUUCCAGCCGAGAAGAAAUCUCGAGAUGAAUCGCUUCCCCUGCCAGGUAUUAUGAAACUCGGUGAUCAACGGCAAUCCUCAGUAAGAUAGUGAAUCACUAACCAUUUUACACCAGUAUGGUGAUUUUUGAAUUUUCACAGAAAUGGUAGUCAUUGCAAUAUCAAAA